CGGUUCUGUUUGCUCGUCGAAUGCGAGAACAUUCUUGGCACGGGGUCAAUAAAUGAGUGAAUCGUUGGCAUAAUUAAUGUGGAACAUGAAUGACCGUGAUUGAAUUAUACAAACUUUUCCACGUGCCAAGUUCUCAGUCAAUUUUCUUUUAUGUGGCGCCCCCGUGAAAUUGCAAACUGGAAAACAGGUUGUAAUUACAGCACUACUUUAAACUAAAGUCUGGGGGCCCCGAACUCGACCGCCCCCUGAUAAGGAUAAGUUCGAGUGUCCAAUUGAAAUCGUUUGUCGCCACUGAACUCUCAUUCAGUCGCUGGAGUGCCGUUGAAAAGGUUGAUUGUGGUCGGUCCGAUCCGUAGCGGAAAAUAUGAAAAUUGAAUGGGCUCCUCUCAAAGUCCCGCCGCGCCGGCGUCUGCAGACCCUAGUCACGCUUUUGAUCACGUUCACGUGCUUCAUUCUGUCAAUAACUGCAAUUCCGAUUAUCGUGGCUUCGCUGAUCUAUGGUGGUCUCAUUCUGCGUAGCUUGAUACUCGUCUACUUGGUCUACAUACUCUACGAUCAUAAGCGAAACAAUUCUGUAAUAGAUGGAAAUGGCUGGCUGUUGAACCGCUCUAAUCGCCUGUAUCGGCACUAUCGCAACUACUUUCCCGUGGAACUGGUGAAAACAGCCGAGCUGCCACCAAACAAAAACUAUAUCUUGGCUAGCUUUCCGCACGGCAUACUCGGAAAUGGAAUCGGCAUCAACAUGGGCCUGGAUAUCUCACGGUGGCUCGAACUGUUCCCUAAGAUCCGACCCAAGGUGGGCACUCUGGAUCAGAACUUCCUGAUACCUAUUGGACGUGAGGUGCUGCGCUCUUGGGGCCUGGUGUCGGUGUCGAAAGCCUCCCUUAACUAUUUGUUAACCAAAUCAAAUGAUCCGAAGCAUGCGGACAAUCGCGAUGGCUUCACAUCCAAUGCGGUGGCCAUACUUGUGGGUGGCGCCCAAGAGGCCAUGGACUCGCAUCCAGGGCAAUACAUUGUGACCCUAAAGAACCGCAAGGGAUUCGUCAAAAUGGCCAUACGAACGGGAUCACCGAUCGUUCCGACGUUUUCCUUUGGGGAGGUGGAUAUAUUCGAUCAGGUGCCCAAUCCCCCGAAUUCCCUGGUUCGUCGAGUGCAGACUGCUGUGAAACAGCUUACGGGUAUAUCGCCUCUGAUUCCAGUGGGUCGUGGCAUCUUCAACUAUUCCUUUGGCUUUCUGCCAAAUAGACGUCGCAUCGUACAAGUUGUGGGCGCCCCCAUCAAUGUGGUGAAAAGUGAUCAGCCUGAUGCCGCCUAUGUGGACAAGGUGCAUGGCCAGGUCAUGGAGGAUCUGGAAAAGAUGUUCGAAAAGUACAAGAAGAAAUAUAUUCCGAACUCAAAGAACACCAGGCUGGUCAUCCAUUAAACAGGAAAAUGUUCUAUAAGUAUGUCGACGAAAUGUGAUCUUAGUUCCACUUGCAUUUAAUAUAAACCUAAAUUCGUUAUUGUUCUUAAA